AUGAGUUCUAACAUUAAAAGUAAUUCUACAGAUCUUUCAGAAAAAUAUGUCAAUGUCUCUUGUCUAAAAGUAAAUAAUUCAGAUUUUGCAAUUUUCAUCAAUACAAUUGUGAAUAAACACAAUUAUUACCUAAACGUUGAAGUAGUUGCAUUUAAGAAAGAAAAAAGGUUUACCAAUGAAAUAAUAGAUGAUAUUCAAUUCUUGACAUAG